AUGACGGCAUUUGUGUGGCCAUCACCACACAAAGAUUCGAAAAGCAGGUUGAAGCACUUGUUCGAGACGAAAGUGUUGUCCGAUUGCAGUUUCAUGGUGGGCAAAAUAAACGCACAGCUCGUCUUGGGACACAGAGUCAUCAUAUCAGCAGCUUCCCCAGUCCUUGAAGACAAGCUCAAGGCAGCUGGCACUAACCCUAAGGUAACCUUGACCGAUGUUGACCCCGAAAUUUUUCAGUUAAUGUUGAAGGACAUCUACACUGAUUCUGUUGAUGUAAACUCGGAAACAGCUUUCGAUUUAGCUACAGCGGCAAUGGCAUACCAGAUGCCACAUCUGUUGAAUGCGUGCUUAGAGUACAUCACCGCUAACCUGACGACGAAGAACGUUCUCCAAGCUUACGGUCUUGUUCUUCAUCUAAAUGAUAUCGAGUUAAAGAAGAAAUGCGAAGAGCUGAUAAAAACUAAAACCAAAGAGGUGCUCGCUGACAGCAGCUUUGAAGAAGCGUGCCUCGAUGUGGUUGUGGCAGUGUUCUCAUUGGAGUCCCUAGAUGUUGAAAGUGAGCUGGAUCUCUUGAACGCAGCUGACCGCUACGCCAAGCACAUCACUAAGUGUACCAAUGUGAACAGUGAAACCCUCGAUAUUCAGACAGAAUUUAAACUUCUGCGUGCUGAUAAGGGUCAGCCUUUCAGCAAACUAAUGCAUUAUGAGUUUAGCAAGGAAUCGUCAGAUCGUGGCAUCGCUGAAUUCAUUGAGAUAUCCAAGUUGCUGGACCCCAAUAAUCAUUACAUCGAAGAUGGAGCCGUCACUUUUCAGUGUCAUAUAAAGGCUGACAAACCACAAGGGCUGUAG